GGGAAGCAACACCUAGAGGAUGCGUCCAGUGGCUGCAGGUGUUUUCAAGGCGCUGCUCCUUGUCUUCGCUUCUAUGGGUGCCUGGUAUUCUGGAUACCUGCUGGCAGAGCUCAUCCCUGACAUGCCCCUGUCCAGUGCUGUCUAUAACAUCCGGAGCCUCGGUGAGAGGCCUGUCCUCAAAGCCCCAGCCCCCAAAAGGCAAAAAUGUGACCACUGGACCCCAUGUCCUCCCAACACCUAUGCCUAUAGGUUGCUCAGUGGCGGGGGCAGAGACAAGUAUGCCAAGAUCUGCUUUGAUGAUGAACUGCUCAUAGGAGAAAAGACCGGGAAUGUCGGGAGAGGAAUAAACAUUGCUGUCGUCGACUAUGUGACUGGGAAGGUGACAGGGGCCCAAUACUUUGAUAUGUAUGAAGGCGAUAACUCGGGGCCAAUGACCAAGUUCAUUCAGAGCGCUCCUCCCAAGUCCCUGCUGCUCAUGGUGACCCACGAUGACGGGAGCUCCAGACUGCAGGCCCAAGCCAAGGACACGAUAGAGGCCCUUGGAAGUAAGGAAAUCAAGAAUAUGCGAUUCAGAUCAAGCUGGGUGUUUCUUGGAGCAAAAGGCUUUGAGCUUCCUUCAGGAAUUCCAAGGGAAAAGAUCAACCACUCUGAUAACUCGAAGAACAGAUAUUCUGGCUGGCCAGCAGAGAUUCAGAUUGAAGGCUGCAUAUCGAGAGCUCUGAGCUAGUGUCCUGUGGCCCUCAAUAAAUGUGUUUCAUAGACCAACAGCUGGAGUGGCCCAGUAAGUCCAGCCAUGGAUAUUUGAGAGUAUUCGAGGUUUGUUGUAAACCAGCAAGGCCUU